GAGGUGCAGAGCCGGGAGGAAGAGGAGACGACGGAGCUCCAGACACAGCGGGAGCGCGCCGUGGCGGUGCAGUUCCCACCUGGCCUUCGCAGCCGCGCACACACCGCCUCCUCCCAGAGCAGCGGGAACCGCAGCAGCACCGCGCCGCCGGCCUCCGCGCUCCUGCCGGCUCGCCGCCGUCAGUACCUCCCCUCGUCAGCGCGCAACCCGCAGCUAUUUCCUUCUGCCAGCCUCUUUGAACUCUCUGGAUCUUUUCCUUUGCUCGCCUCUUUCGUAGUUUCCCCACCAUAUCUUUUCUCAACUCCUCUUCCUUUAUCCUUAGCUACCCAGUUUUAUCUUCCCCCCUCCUCUUUUGAUUGAGGAUUUCUUCUUGACCUAAGAUGACUUGUCUUCCUUACCCUCUUCUCCUUCAGCCCUGAAGACUGAGAAGGAGCCUUUAUUUUUACCCCCAGUGGCAUUGAAAAGACCUCAAUCCUUAAAAGUCGUAAGAGGCAAAGGAACAGGAUACGGGACCUUCUCGACACCCUUGAGUCGAGUCCAAAACCGCACUAUCAACCAUAACUAGUGUUUCAUUUAACCUCACUGGAGAGAGAGGAACAGGAAGCAAACUUCAGCGGGCUCAGGAUCCGUGGUAUCCGCAAUCGCAGGAGCCGCGUGCCAGAAGGCGAAGACCCCACGGGGAACGAGGAGGAGCCGUGAGCCUCCCUCGCCCCCUCCGCGAGGCCGGAGCCGUGGACUGAGCUGCGCGGGACAGGAGAGGCGGAGGCGGCUAGGAGAAGAUGCGGGGCUCAGGGCCCCGGGGUGCGGGACGCAGGCGGCCCCCGAGCGGCGGCGGCGACGACCCCCCCAGUACCCCUGCGUCUCUGGCCGGCUGCUACUCAGCACCUCGCAGGGCUCCCCUCUGGACGUGCCUUCUCCUGUGCGCCGCGCUCCGGACCCUCCUGGCCAGCCCCAGCAACGAAGUGAAUUUAUUGGAUUCACGUACUGUCAUGGGGGACUUAGGAUGGAUUGCUUUUCCAAAAAAUGGGUGGGAAGAGAUUGGUGAAGUCGAUGAAAAUUAUGCCCCUAUCCACACAUACCAAGUAUGCAAAGUUAUGGAACAGAAUCAGAAUAACUGGCUUCUGACCAGUUGGAUCUCCAAUGAAGGUGCUUCCAGAAUCUUCAUAGAACUUAAGUUUACUCUGCGGGACUGCAACAGUCUUCCUGGAGGACUUGGGACCUGUAAGGAAACUUUUAACAUGUACUACUUUGAGUCCGAUGAUGAGAAUGGGAGAAAUAUCAAGGAAAACCAGUACAUCAAAAUUGAUACCAUUGCCGCCGAUGAAAGCUUUACAGAACUUGAUCUUGGUGACCGUGUCAUGAAACUGAAUACAGAAGUCAGAGACGUAGGACCUCUAAGCAAAAAGGGAUUUUAUCUUGCCUUUCAAGAUCUGGGUGCUUGCAUUGCUCUGGUUUCUGUGCGUGUGUACUAUAAAAAAUGUCCUUCUGUGGUGCGACAUUUGGCUGUCUUCCCUGACACAAUUACUGGAGCUGAUUCUUCACAGUUACUUGAAGUGUCGGGCUCCUGUGUCAACCAUUCUGUGACAGAUGAACCACCCAAAAUGCACUGCAGCGCUGAAGGGGAAUGGCUGGUGCCCAUCGGGAAAUGCAUGUGCAAGGCAGGAUAUGAAGAGAAAAAUGGAACCUGUCAAGUGUGCAGACCUGGGUUCUUCAAAGCCUCACCUCACAGCCAGAGCUGCAGCAAAUGUCCACCUCACAGUUAUACCCAUGAGGAAGCUUCAACCUCUUGUGUCUGUGAAAAGGAUUAUUUCAGGAGGGAGUCUGAUCCACCCACAAUGGCAUGCACAAGACCCCCCUCACCUCCUCGGAAUGCCAUCUCAAAUGUUAAUGAAACUAGUGUCUUUCUGGAAUGGAUUCCUCCUGCUGACACUGGUGGAAGGAAAGAUGUGUCAUAUUAUAUUGCAUGCAAGAAGUGCAACUCCUAUGCAGGUGUGUGUGAUGAGUGUGGAGGUCAUGUCAGGUACCUCCCCCAGCAAAUCGGCCUGAAAAACACCUCUGUCAUGAUGGUGGACCUGCUCGCUCACACAAACUAUACCUUUGAGAUUGAGGCAGUGAAUGGAGUGUCCGACUUGAGUCCAGGAGCCCGGCAGUAUGUGGCUGUAAAUGUAACCACAAAUCAAGCAGCCCCCUCUCCAGUCACCAAUGUGAAAAAGGGAAAGAUUGCAAAAAACAGCAUCUCUUUGUCUUGGCAAGAGCCAGAUCGCCCCAAUGGAAUCAUCCUGGAGUAUGAAAUAAAAUAUUUUGAAAAGGACCAAGAGACCAGCUAUACAAUUAUCAAAUCGAAAGAGACAACUAUAACGGCAGAGGGCUUGAAACCAGCUUCUGUGUACGUCUUCCAAAUUCGAGCACGCACCGCAGCAGGUUAUGGAGUCUUCAGUCGAAGAUUUGAGUUUGAAACCAUCCCAGUGUUUGCAGCAUCCAGUGAUCAAAGCCAGAUUCCUAUAAUUGCUGUGUCUGUGACAGUGGGAGUCAUUUUGUUGGCAGUGGUUAUCGGCUUCCUUCUCAGUGGAAGUUGCUGCGAAUGUGGCUGUGGAAGGGCUUCUUCCCUGUGCGCUGUUGCCCAUCCAAGCCUAAUAUGGCGGUGUGGUUACAGCAAAGCCAAACAAGAUCCAGAAGAGGAAAAGAUGCAUUUUCAUAAUGGGCACAUUAAACUGCCAGGAAUAAGAACUUACAUAGAUCCACAUACCUAUGAGGAUCCCAAUCAAGCUGUCCAUGAAUUUGCCAAAGAGAUAGAAGCUUCAUGCAUCACCAUCGAAAGAGUUAUUGGAGCAGGUGAAUUUGGUGAAGUUUGUAGUGGACGUUUGAAACUUCCAGGAAAAAGAGAAUUACCUGUGGCGAUCAAAACCCUUAAAGUAGGCUAUACAGAAAAGCAACGUAGAGAUUUCCUGGGUGAAGCAAGUAUCAUGGGACAGUUUGAUCAUCCUAACAUCAUUCACUUAGAAGGUGUUGUGACCAAAAGUAAACCAGUGAUGAUAGUGACAGAGUAUAUGGAAAAUGGCUCUUUAGAUACAUUUUUAAAGAAAAAUGAUGGGCAAUUCACUGUGAUUCAGCUCGUUGGCAUGCUGAGAGGCAUUGCUGCGGGAAUGAAGUACCUUUCGGACAUGGGCUAUGUGCACAGAGACCUCGCUGCCAGAAAUAUCUUAGUCAACAGCAACCUGGUGUGCAAGGUGUCUGACUUUGGACUCUCCAGGGUGCUGGAAGACGAUCCUGAGGCAGCAUACACCACAAGGGGAGGCAAAAUUCCAAUCAGAUGGACUGCCCCAGAAGCUAUAGCUUUCCGGAAGUUUACCUCUGCCAGUGAUGUCUGGAGCUAUGGAAUCGUGAUGUGGGAGGUUGUGUCUUAUGGAGAGAGACCCUACUGGGAGAUGACCAAUCAAGACGUGAUUAAAGCCGUAGAGGAAGGAUACCGUCUGCCAAGCCCCAUGGACUGUCCUGCUGCUCUCUACCAAUUAAUGUUGGAUUGCUGGCAGAAAGACCGAAAUAGCAGGCCCAAGUUUGAUGAAAUUGUCAACAUGUUGGACAAACUGAUACGUAACCCAAGUAGCUUGAAGACGCUGGUUAAUGCAUCAAGCAGAGUAUCUAAUUUAUUGGCAGAACAUGGCUCACUGGGAUCUGGGGCCUACAGAUCAGUAGGUGAAUGGCUAGAAGCAAUCAAAAUGGGCCGGUAUACUGAGAUUUUCAUGGAAAAUGGAUACAGUUCAAUGGACGCUGUCGCUCAGGUGACCUUGGAGGAUUUGAGACGGCUUGGAGUGACUCUUGUUGGUCACCAGAAGAAGAUCAUGAACAGCCUUCAAGAAAUGAAGGUGCAGCUGGUAAAUGGGAUGGUGCCAGUGUAACUUAAUUUUAAUGUCACUUCGUCAAGUGAAUGAUUCUGCACUUUGUAAACAAGCCCUGAGAUUUAUUUUAACAAAAAAGGGGGGUCGGGGAAGGGAAAACUCAGUGAUUUCUAAAUCUUAUGAGAGCAUUUCUUUCAGCCACAGAAUUUGUAAUCAGUGUUUUACUAAAAUCUCCUUACCUUCCUCUGUCUUCAUUUUUUAUGAAGCAAAUAUUAUCUGUACGGAAUAACAAGACAAGGUUAAACAUUAUCUUAUGUGACAGCAACGAAAUCCUUCCCACUACAAAAUUUUAUACAUGAAAUAAUAUAUAACUAGACACAGCACCUUUAUAGACUGACUUAAGGCAGCCCCUUUCAAAACUUCCAAUAAUCUACUUGAAAGGAAAAGUUUUAUAGCCAUUUGUGGGCUAACAAAAGCUGCAAUUUACUGAAGUUUACUUCAAGUCUUAAUUGUCUGCAUAAGUUUAUUGAAGAGCAAUAUUGUCAGAUAAUUUCUUAAUAGAUACCUUCUUUUGUAAUUUUAAACUGCUGUUACACAGCAUUAAGUUAUAGAAACUAGUGUAUAAACAUGUUGCUUGGUCAAGGACAAGUACAAUACAGGGUGUGUAUUUAUUUUGUGUGUGUUAUAAAAUUUACUUUCGGUUGCUCUUCUGGAAACUAUUAGAUAAUAAAUGUGUAUAUACUGUAUAAUUUGCUGUACACCCAAGAAUCAAUUUAAGUUGGAGUUUUGUGUGUAUGUACUUGCACAUGUGUGCAUCACCAUUCUGCUUGCAUUUUUAAUAGUGUUUUAAUUUUAGCAGCAUACAGGCACAAGCAUUCCAGAAUGUAAUAGGAAUAGCAGGAAUAGGGAAGCAGGAAAACAAAAUUUAACAGAAGCUUGUGGUUUUUUUUUUUUCCUCUCAUGUUUCCAAAAGCUACUAAAUCUCUUUAUUCACUAAUAGGAAAUAUCUAUAAGUUCAAAUCCCCUUAGCUUUUUAAAAACACUGUGUGAUAUUUGUGACAAUGCAGUUCUUCUAGCCAUUAAUCUUGCAACCCUGUAAGAAAUUUCACCUCUCUGAGUCCCAGAAAAUAUCUUGUCAAGUAAAGUUGACACCAACGGGCAUAUUUUCAGCAGGAUGUAGAAGGAUUUAACUGUGCAAAAUGCUCUUAAUGUUAAAUCCAAUCCAGGCGCAUAGCAGUAAGCAUUACCCCUAAGUUUUAAUCCUUUGUAGCCGUUUUCCCUGUGGCUCACCUCUAGAAAUUCUGAUACUAAGGCAGCGAAGGAAUGAUGACAAAUAUAUGUAUUUCCUUGAGAAUGUUCUCCGUUUCAAAGCUUGACAAGUUAUAUUUAUUGAUGGCUUUCUAUUAAUAUGGAAAUUUCAUCUUGUGUUUAGUUAUAUCAAAUUGAAUUUCUUUUGAUGAACCCUCCAAAGUAUUUAAUUGGCCUUAUUGAGGAAUAUAUGUCCCACGUAUAUGCUAUAUAUCACACUUGGUGAAGACUGACCUUUGUGAUACCAAUUACACAGUUUAGUAGAAUUUGAACAAAACUGAGCUCCUUGGUAAAAUAAGCAAUUUUUGGUAUUCCUACACUUUAUAGAAAUCAUGUAAUGAUGUGAUUAUUCAAGGAGCACAGCAUUUGAACAAGAGUGCCUACUCAUGAUUGUCAAAGAGUUUAUCAAAUAGAGUAGCCUGGAUUAAAGAAAUCCACAGGAAAUAUACCUGCAUUAUAUUAAUGGUACUUCCUUUCUCUUUCCCAAGAUGCUGUUUCAGUUGAAUGUUAGCACAUAAAAGAAUAAACUUUUGGGAAAUAGUUACUUUCUACCACGCCCACAUUUUACUAAAGCAGUGAAGUAGCUUGUUGCCAAAGAACAUGGACAAAAGAAAAAAAGGGGAAAAAAAAGAAAAGAAAAAGUUCUAAAGAAUUUUCAAAUGAUGUAUUGACUUCUGUCUAAUUAGGACUAUAACUCCUUAUUAAGUCUAUACUGUACAAUGGUUCCACACAAACUAUGUUUCACAUAUGCUUUGGUUUAGUAAAAUUUCCUGAGAAAGUAGAGAGAGGUUGAUUUAACAAGUAAGCAAUCACCACCAUUAUUAAAAUU